AUGUCGGAUGAAUUGGCAGAGCUCAGAGCUGAAGUUAGGAGACUACAUGCGAAGAUACAAAAAGUGGAAGACGAAGCAGAGAUCAGGAAAGUCCAUUUCAAGUACGGCUACUACUUGGACAAGUGUCUGUACAAUGAGGUCGUCGACAUGUUUUCCGACCAUCCAGAUGCAUACGUAGAAUUUCUGGGCUCACGGUAUCGAGGCAAGGAGGGCAUUCGACGACUUUACAUCGGAAGGUUUCAAAACACAUUCGUGAAGGGGCGAAAUGGACCAGUGUAUGGCUUCCUGCUCGAUCACCCAAUGAUGCAGGAGAUCGUAGACGUGGACCCUUCUGGCACGCGAGCCUGGGCACGAAUCCGAGCUCUUAUGUCUGCUGGUACUCAUCAGUCAAUCCAAGAAGAGCAUCCACGAGGGCACGCGCAAUGGUGGGAAGGUGGGCUCUACGAAAACGAGUAUAUCAAGGAGAAUGGAGUGUGGAAGCCUUUCCGCUACCGGUACUUCCCUUUCUGGCACGCAGACUUCGAUCGCGGAUGGUCGCAUACCAAGAAGAACUACAUUCCCUGGCCAACAAAGACAUUCCCUGAGGAUCCAAAUGGACCAGAUGAGUUGAUUGAACAACAGAUGCUGUGGCCGGAUACAAGAGUCAUUCCGUUCCAUUACGCUCAUCCAGUCACUGGUGAGCAAGUCAAGGAUGACGACCUCAGGGCACCGAAGUAUGGACAGGAUGUCAGCACUGCUCUGCCACCUCUGAGUUUGGCUUUGCCGGCGGAUCAGCAAAAGGCUCUGGAAGCCGAGAAGGGGAAUGGAGUGGAGAAGACUUCUGUGGCAGAUGUUGUGAAUAGCAACGGCGAGGUUGCUGAUGCCACACCUGCUUGA